CCGAGGGCGCAGCGGCGGCGGCGCCGAGGGCGCGGCGGCCCGCCCUGGCGGCGGAGAGCGGCGGCUUGCGCUGGCGAGGUUGGCCUUGCUGCUCUGCCAGGAGGGCCGCGAGGAGGAGGCGCUGCCUCUGCUCAGGAGGGGCGGGUGGACCUUCCGCCUGGCGCCCUGGGUCAUCCGGUACCCGCCCGCGCCCGAGAACAGCCCGCCAGCGCGCCCCCGGCGCCGGGCGGGCCCCCGCUGCGGGUCUUCGACGCCGCGCUCCCGGGGGCGCUGCUGGGCCACCUGCGCGAGGUGCUGGCGCCGGGGGCGGCGUUCUGGCGCGAGCACGGCUACAGCGAGCUCCUCGGCAGCGGCGAGAACGGGUAUUUCAGCUACGUCCGCGGCCUCGACGGCCCCGCGACGUCCACGCUGGACCUGGCAAUCCGCCACGUGCUGCGGAUAGCGCGCGCGCACUUCCCGGAGCUGGGGGAGGCCACGGCCGCGGAGUGGUGGGCGCACUGCCGCCCGCACCCGUGCGGGCACCAGCUCCACUUCGACAGCGACAACGAGGGCAUCGGCGGCGCGCGGCACCCCAUCUGCAGCUGCGUCCUGUACGUGGAGGCCGCGCCGGGCUUCGGGGGCCCCACCCUGGUGACCGACCAGCGCGGCUGCGCGUAAGAGUGGCCCUUCGCCGGAGGGACCACUGGUGCGGGUCCCAUUCGGUAUGGCGA